GAGCGCGUCCCAGUCACUCGUACUCACUGCUAUGUACACACAGACAUACACACAAACACUCACGCACUUGCCUCGCUGCACUGGCUGUCUUUCUAUCUUUCCCCGCACGCUACACGGACACGCGUGAAGGAAGACAUACCUGAAUUAUGGCCACUUCAGAGCCUGUCCUGGCUGGUGUGGGGAACACAAUCCUCAUACUGUCAGGAAAGGGUGGUGUUGGGAAGAGCACAGCAACUGUUCAGCUAGCUGCCACCCUGAGGGCUGAGGGUCACCGGGUGGGGGUGCUGGAUGUUGACCUGUGUGGCCCGUCAAUCCCUCGCAUGCUGGGGGUGGAGAGCCGGGAUGUGCUCACCACUCCUGAUGGAAAAUGGGUUCCAGUGAGUGUAGAUGAAGAAGAAAGACUAAAGGUUCUUUCUAUUGCUUUCUUCCUGGACUCCAAGGAUGAUGCCAUCAUCUGGAGAGGACCAAAGAAAAACGCCAUGAUCAAGCAGCUCCUGACCAGUGUUGUGUGGAAUGUGGACUACCUCAUCAUUGACACUCCCCCUGGCACAUCUGACGAACACAUCUCAGUCAUGGAGAACAUUAGGCAAGCACCAGUGAUGGGAGCUGUCCUGAUAACCACACCACAGAUGGUUGCUGUUGAUGAUGUCACAAGGGAGCUCACUUUCUGUAGGAGAACUAGGAUCAGCAUCCUUGGCAUCAUUGAGAACAUGUCUGGCUUUGUCUGUCCCACCUGCUCCGAAUGCAGCAACAUCCUUGCCAGUGGUGGCGGGGAGCAGCUGGCUGAAAAGGCAAAAGUCACAUUUCUAGGCCGCAUUCCCAUUGACCCGACACUGUCCCGGUGCACUGAGGAGGGACUCAACUACAUUGACAAGUUUUCAAACUCACCCAUCAGCCAGAUGUACCACUCCAUCAUCACCAAGCUGAUAAGACAAACUGAUGAAGAGAUGGAAGUAGAAAAAUAACAAGUCAGUGAUUUGUUUCAUCAUUUUCUCUCUUUCUGUAAUUGGAAUUUUUGAAGUAAUAAUUACUUUUCAGA